AUGGUGGGUGGCCACUCUGGCUACAAGCGACCUUCGCUGAUCUUUUCCAACACCUCGAGCAGCUCGCCCAGCGGAGGAGGUGGUGCGUCUCCGGGAGACAUGUGGUCGUACGUUAAUGGCGGCACGAACACCAGCACGGAAAAUCAAUUCCAGACGGCUGAGAAGGCCGGCGUCAUGAGCAGAGCUAUUGAUUUGUUUGCGUUGCCGUCUGACUCAUUGAUGGACGUUUUCCAUGGCUGUUCCGAGUUGCGCCUUCGUGCUACAUCCUGGCAGAGUACAUCCCCGGAAAGAAGUCCGCCAGCCUGGAUCAAAAGCUCCUCGAUGCAGGCUUCCGGCUGCAAGGCAAAUCAUUGGAGAAGCUACCGGAGGCCCUGGCGGAUGGGCAGCUUCUGA